AUGUACGCCGCACGGCGUUCCUGCGCGUGUGUUUUGUUCGUUUACUCGAUCAGAACCGGCAAAAUGGACGAUAUAGCGCUCCGAGUGUCUGAUCAUGUUUUAGAAGUGAUAUUUUCCUAUUUAGACCUGCACACGUUGAGGAACUGUUCGCUGGUGUGCAAACGAUGGAAUCGUUUCCUAAACGAUGAGAAUAAUGAAGCGUGGAGGAUGCACUGCAUCAGGAAGUUGGCUCAGGAGGCGCUUAGUUCCGAUUUAUUGUCGUCGGUGCCUACUUACAAAUCGAAGCUUCGUGCGUUUUACCACGCAUGGAACCCUAAUGACUGCUCCCGUAACAUUUACAUUAGGCCCAAUGGAUUUACCAUGCACAGGAAUCCAGUUGCUCAAAGCACAGAUGCCUGUAGAGGUAAAAUUGGCUUUCGGCAUGGACGUCAUGCAUGGGAAGUCAUUUGGGAAGGACCUUUGGGAACGGUAGCAGUAAUAGGCAUUGCCACGAAAGAAGCACCUCUAUUGUGUCAUGGAUACGUAGCACUAGUUGGUUCUGAUGAACAUUCAUGGGGAUGGAAUCUAGUAGAUAAUCAUCUGUUACACAAUGGAAAUGUACAAGGGAAUUAUCCCUUGCUUAAUAAUGCUCCAAAGUAUCAGGGUUGCCAGACAAAAGACUAUACCCAUCUGUAUCUGCCGUAUAUGGAAAUACAGAGGUAUCUAUGGUGUACUUAGGACCACCUCUAGAUGGCUAACACUUUACUUCUGGUAGAAACAUAUCCCCUGAGGUUUGAUCAAGGCUGUUGUUGAAGUCUGAAUGAGU